AUGCGAGCCGCCGUCUUACACCAAUUAGGAUCAACACCAGUCUAUACUGAAAAUUGGCCCGAGCCUCCUUCUUCAUCCGAAAACGAUGAUCAAGAACUUGUUCAGAUGAAAGCUUCUGCAGUCAAGAAUUUAGAUAAAUAUCGUGCUAGUGGAAAGCAUUAUGCAAGUUAUACGGAAUUGCCAGUAGUAGUUGGGAUGGAUGGAGUUGGAAAAUUGCAAGACGGAACGAGAGUGUACGGAAUGAUCACUACAGGUACACUUGCUGAACGGGUUUAUAUUCCAAAGAACAAAUUAAUUGCUUUGCCUGAUGAAAUUGAUGAUGUAACUGCAGCUGCUCUUCCUAAUGCCAUUAUGGGAGCUUAUUUAGCAUUAUUUGAUCGAGGCUUGAUGAAGAAGGGAGAUGUUGUCUUGAUUAACGGCGCAACAGGAGUGACUGGUAGAAUCUGUGUACAAUUAGCUAAAUAUUAUGGAGCAUCAAAAGUCAUUGCAACAGGAAGAAACCAAAAUUCGUUAAACAAAUUACAGAAUGAUUAUGGAGCAGAUCAAACAAUUUCUUUAUUGGAGCAUGAUGAGCAUGUGUUGAUUGAAACCUUUCGUGCCGUUCAUGAACUCACUCCAAUUGAUGUGGUAAUUGAUUAUUUGUGGGGCCAUCCCAUGGAGCUAAUUCUACGAUCUCUGAAAGGCUCAGGCAUGCAUUCUUUCAGUCACAAAGUUCGAGUAGUGACAGUAGGCUCGAUGGCAGGAGAAAUAGUUCAUCUUCCUUCAAGCAUUUUACGAAGCUCAGCAAUAGAGAUUUGUGGGUCAGGUUUUGGAAGUUUCUCCAAUGAAUCAAUGAAAGAAUUUCAUGAGAAAGUGUUACCAGAAAUGUUUAAGCUCGCUGGACAAGGAAUUAUUAAGAUAGACACUGAAGUAGCAUAUCUUAAAGACAUAGAAAGUGUGUGGAAUAAGGAACUAGAUUCUGGUAAAAGACUAGUCAUUAAAAUUUAA